UUCCAUGGACGGAGGAGCCUGGCAGAUACGGUCCACAGGGCUGCACAGAGCUGAACGUGACUGAAAUGACUUAGCACAUACGCACGCAGUCAAUCCGUCUAUGCCCCCUCUUUCUUUGUAUGCAUACUCAAGGCUAAACACCUUUCUGGAAUUCUCUCCUGACCUUUCUUCUGAUGCCCCUUGCUCCAGACUCCCUGGCCAUCCAGUCUAGUCUGGUUUACUUUGCCACAAGUCACCUUGUUGAUAUUUCCGUUGUGAUAUGCUGCGGCUUGAAGGCAUCGCAGGCGUGUGCACCAGCUUCCAGAUCUGCAGGGAGGCCCUUCCCUGGGGCUGGGACUGUGUCUUCUCCUCCCAGUGGCCCUUUCACUUUCUCCCGGCCACCCAGGGGUCUGGUGUGGCUACAUAUAACAUCUGGGAGCACAGUUUCAAAUGGAAAGAGCAACUGUCUGCUUAAAGCCUUGAAGGCGGAGCUGUAGGGGUGGCACUCCAGGACACAUGAAGCCUUUCUUGGGUGGGAAGCAGCCCCUCUAAGGGGCUGAGGCCCUGUGCGCUUGGUGGCGCCUGAGAGGUCAAAGCCAGGCCGCAGCACACCAGGGGGGUAUGCAGUCUCCUCUCAUAGGAGGGAGAUGUGCAGAGCUGCCCUGCCUGCGGGAAUGGUAGCUUGGCUCCAGGGGGACCCCAAGCCAGUCUCCAAAGCCCUGAUUUUACCACUGGACAAAUCAUUUUUACUCUCCUUUAUAACUCAUCCUCUCCGUCCCAGAGGAAGACAAAUGGGCCUUGCAGUUAGAGACACCUGGCUAUAAAUCAAGCCUCUGCCACUGACAACCUCUGUUGACAUUGGUGCAUAAUCUCUCUGAGCCUCCGUUUCCCCACCUGUAAAAUGAGGUGAUGACAAUACCCACCUCUGUGGAUGCCCAGGAAGACCUCACUCAUGCAAAAUACCCGGGACUCAUUCCCCUUCCCCGAUACUCACCUGGGCGGUAUAGAGGGCAACUGCUCCCCAUCACCAGCAGACGAGUAAACAAAACCGACUGACUUCAUUCCUCUACCCACCGGAAUCGCCUGAGAUGAUUUUUAAAACCGAAGAUUUCCUGGAAGCCACCCUGAACCCACUGAAUCGUAAAAUCUGGGGGCGGAGCUUGGCAAUCUGUGUUUCUAACAAUCAUGGUGAAUCACUAUUUUGACAGAGAUGGAAAAAGAGGAAACAACACUCUCUCAGAGAGGUCACCAGUGGGACAGGAUGAAAACGUCUGACUCCCAGAGCAGUCAUACCUGUUGGACAAACUUAGGUCUGUAAAAGUCUGGAGUCUGGAAACAAAAGGUAGAACUCCUUGUUUGCAGGCAAAUUGACCCGCCCUCGGAGCUGCCAUAAAAAGGGGAUCGCAAUUCCCCUCCCCCAAACGGGACAGUGGACAACAGACCCGCGUCGUCCAGAGCGUCCACCCACAUCCUCCCCGGGGAAAGGCACGGUCAGCUUGGCUUUUGCCCCAGUGGUGCCUCAGGCCCCAAGGUCGAGCUUCCCUGGAGACGUAGAAUCCAGCAAGCAGAGCAGAGCGUACUGGAGCCACAGCCCACGCGAUGAAGGCAGAGAGGGGCGAGAGGAAGAACAGGAGAACAAGAAGGAAAGAAAAGAUGAUGCCGGAAGGAUGGAGGCGCCGGGCAGGAGGCACAGGAGGCAGCCUGUGACCUGACCCUGAGGGUCGGCCCAGCCCAGAUCGCAGCACGCACGCGGCCAUCAGGAGGUGAUCGCGGCAGGUAGACAGACGGGAGUGCGGGGGAGCUGUGAACAGCACCGUAAGGAAUCACGAUUUUCUCCUCGAGUCAAGGCUUCGGAGCCAAAUUCCUCCAAACUUGUGUCUGCUCCACAGAGUGGUUCUUAUUCUCUUUUUUAAGUUAGAUGCCAACACUCGGAAGUGGAGAGAGACAGCGUCUCUGGAAUAGGGGGACCCAGCAGCGGCGGGCCCACCCACCUGGCACCCUCAGCACCCAUAGGCAGCGUGACGCUGAGACCCCUGUCCUGGCCUCUGGGGACCCCGAAAGGCCCUGAGUCUGGGGAGGGGCAGAGUCACACCAGUGCUUCCAAAGGUCCAGCCGAUGACGAUUCACGCGAUGACGAUGGCGCCGACGGUGAGAAAGAGGAGUGGGUGACAUGGACAAAGCCUUUCCACAGGAGCUCUGCCCUGCGCCCUUUACACACAGCAACCCGUCUCGCUCUCACCACGACCUUACGAGGGGCUGUUCCCCCUAUCUUUUCAGAUGGAGAAACGGAGGCAGAGCGAGGUGCGCUCACUUGCCUGAGGUCACACAGCUUAGCGGCAGAGCCAGGCGCUGCUGAGACGGGAGGCGAGUGAGACUCCCGCAGCCUCUGACCGUCUGAGACUGUCUGGUUCCAAGGGUUUGUCCCUGAUCUAGGUACGAAUGCCGUGUUUUUCCCCCAACUCCAACCCCAAGGCUGGUUUUCUCAGGCACCUCAUCGGGCAGGGAAAGAGGGCAGUCAUUCAGGAGCCAGGUCAGGGGGCUUGGCCCAGCUCCCAGCUCAGCCUCCCCGGCUGCUGCCUGCAGACCGACCCCGCCGUGGGGACCCACCGACCUCAACAGGAAGAGCGCAGACCCAGAAGGACCUCUCACCACACCUGCUGUGGCUCCACCUGCUCCGCAGCUCACCACACCCAACCUCCCAGCCCAGCGGAUUUGCAAAAGCGAAAACAGGACGUACAAAAGCAGCCUCCCACCCCGAGCGUUCCCUAGCAUCGGGCGACUGUUUGACCGAGAGCUUCCUCCCUCUUCAAGAGCCCGCUGGACGUGCCAAGCCCCCUCCGGCCACGGCUGGCGUGGGUGGUGAUCACAAGCUCAGCCUCCUCCGGGCAGAUGCCUCCCACCCCCAGGGAAAAGCACCGAAGGAUCCCAGGGAGGCCAGCCACCUCACUCUGCCAGCCCUGGGCCUCGGUGGCCAACUCUGCCAGCUCAAAAGUCACCUUUGCUUCAACUCUUCACCGGCCCAGCCAGAGCUCGCCCCAAACCCCCUCCCGCUCAGCCCAGCAGGAACCAGGAACCGUCCCCUAUUGGGCAAUCAUUAAUCGGAUUCUUGACAUUCCUCUGCCCCAGGUCGGCUUGGGAACAUGCUCCCCAGAGGAGGAGGAGCAGAGGCCCAGGACUGGCAUCUGGACAUGCAGCUGACGGGCCAGCUGGUGCUGUCCGCUGCUGCCCUGCUCCUGCUGACUGCAGCCUACAGGCUGUACAAGUCCAGGCCAGCCCGGGCCCCACCGCGGGGGACGGACACCAAGGCCGAGGCCGAGGGGGAGGCAGGGGACUCCAGGCAGCCUGCCGCCCAGGAGGCUGUUCCCAGGGCACCACGGUGGGACCUGAGACGCCGAAGGGGAAGCAAGGGGGCCACAGGACUGCCAGGCUGCAGCUGGGAGAACACGGAGGCCUCCAGAGUCCCGGCCACCGGAGGUUCAUCCGCAGUCUCAGAAGCUGGAGAGGCUAGGAAAGCUGGAAGGAAACGUGCUGGAGAGGAGCACGCUGGGCAGCGCCCGGACUCUGACCUGCCAGCUCCUCGGUGCGGAGGCCAGGAAGCUGGAACAGCUGUGGACGGUAAGCCCGAGCUGCCCCAUUGCCCCGAUCAGUGCAGCAAAGCCCCAAACUCCCCAGCUGGCCUCCCUGCUGUGGAGAGCGGCCGUGUGGGUGGUGAGCUCGCUCCCGGGCAGGACAGUGGACUCCCCAAGCAUCCAGGGAGCGGGGAGCAGGAAUCCCCCUGUGAAGGUCAGGCGGCCCACUGUGAAGGCCGGUGUGACAUGAACAACAGCUGGGUCUUUACCCACGCGUCAGGGGUCCACAGGGAGGAGGCAGGGGCCCUCCAGGCUGCCUCGGACCUGGGCCUGGCCCUGCGUCAGCAGGAGGGCGCCUCCGACACCUCCUACACCUUCUCGUCUGUGGCCCGGGUUCGAGUAGAGGAGAAUUUCAUACCGGAGAAGCUGGAGGGGAUCAGGCCCAGGCUGAAGGGCAAGGUGUACGAUUACUAUGUGGAGUCCACCUCUCAGGCCACCUCCAGGAGCAGGCUAGCCUCCCCAACAGCUGCCCCAGCAGGGGCUCCAGCCCCUGAGUCAGUGUCAGGCCCCCUGGGAACAAGGACAGCGUCUGGACCGCCCGACGAUGACGGAGAAGGCGGACUGGAGACGGCCGCCUCCCGCCAGUCUGACCCCUCCCGCUCCACGCGAGGCUUCAGCCGCAAGGAGAGCCUCCUUCAGAUCGUGGAGAACCCAGAGCUUCAGCUGCAGCUCGACGGCUUUGGGGAGGCUGCUCCAUCCUGCCCAGACCAGAGAGCCGCGCCCACCUGCCCCAUGUCCCAGGAUUCUCCUGAGUCCAGCUCAGCCGGAAGCCGCGGGAAGCCCUACGUGCACUCUGUGGCUGGCACCAAUUUCUUCCACCCCCCGCUCAGCCCUGGAUCAGCCCCAGAGGUCCACCUGGAUCUGGGCAAUUGCUACGAGGCGCUGACCUUUGCCAAGAGGAAGAAGCUGGAGCCCCUGAAGGAGGCCGCCUACAAGGUGAUGAGUGACAACUACCUCCAGGUCCUGCGGAGCCCAGACGUCUACGGGUGCCUGAGCGGGGCGGAGCGGGAGCUGGUCCUCCAGCGCCGGCUCCGGGGGCGCAAGCACCUAGUGGUGGCCGACGUGUGCCCCCAGGAAGGCUCCGGCCGCCUCUGCUGCUACGAUGAUGAGCAGGACGCCUGGCGCCCGCUGGCCCGCCUGCCGCCCGAGGCUGUGUCCCGGGGCUGCGCCAUCUGCAGCCUCUUCAAUUACCUCUUCCUGGUGUCGGGCUGCCAGGGCUCGGGGCGCCAGCCCUCCAAGCGCGUCUUCUGCUACAACCCGCUGACGGGCAUCUGGAGCGAGGUGUGCCCCCUGAACCAGGCGCGGCCGCACUGCCGGCUGGUGGCCCUGGACGGGCAGCUGUACGCCGUCGGGGGCGAGUGUCUGAACACGGUGGAACGCUACGACCCCCGCCUGGACCGCUGGACCUUUGCGCCGCCGCUGCCCAACGACACCUUCGCCCUGGCGCACACGGCGGCGGCGAGCGGGGGCGAGCUCUUCGUCACCGGGGGCUCGCUGCGCUACCUGCUGCUCCGCUUCUCCGCCCGGGAGCAGCGCUGGCGCGCCGCGCCCACCGGGGGAGGCAGGGACCGCACGGCCGAGAUGGUGGCGGUCAGAGGCUUCCUCUAUCGCUUCGACCUCAACCGCAGCCUGGGCAUCAGCGUGUACCGCUGCAGCGCCAGCGCCCGCCUCUGGUACGAGUGCGCCACGUACCGGACGCCGCACCCCGACGCCUUCCAGUGCGCCGUGGUGGGCGAGCUCGUCUACUGCGUGGGGCGCCGGCGCACGCUGCGCUUCCUGGCCGACCGCAUCUCGCCCAGGUUUGUGCCCGAAAUGCUGCAGGCCUUCCCCUCCCCGCAGGGCACCCUCCUGCCCACCGUCCUGACCUUGCCCGGUCCUGAUGUGCCCCAGACCAGGGUCUAGCAGCCCAUCUGCUGGGCUCCUUCUGCAAGACUAGACGGAAAAACAACCCCUACCCAUCGCGGCAUGGGCCAUUUCUGGGCGAUCGGGGCGCAGGGGAAUCUGGCCGGCAAGAGGUGAAUUUCAACCCCACCUGCUCCACGGUCUGGGCUUCUUAGCUGCGUCUUGCCCUCUCUGGGCAGCAGCCCUAGUGUGAAAAUGAGACUGAGGACUGAUGCUCUGAGGCCCAGGGUGCCCACAUCUGCAGGGUUGGCCACCAUCUUGCUUGAGGACUGAAUUUGGUGGGGAGGGGGUACCAGGACCCCAGCAAAGUUCAGGGGCACAGCCUUAUCACAGGCACAGUUCCAGAGGUUUUUUGACUCCCAGUGACCCCUCAAGCUGACCCUGCUGAAUCUGGGGCAGCCCUCUCUAAGCCAGCAUGGCCUCUUCCUAACCUUUGGGCACUGAGCCCCAACCUCCAGAAGCACCUGGGACACACACACAGGUGGAGAAAAUCAAGGGGGGCUGUUCAGCAGGACUAGGACAAGCCCGGGGAGCCCCAGGGGGCCCAGCCAGAGGGAGCGAUGGCUGGAGGAGCAGCAGAGGGCCAGUUGAAGCCGCCCACGGGAACUCUUGCCUGCGGAGUGAAUUGACCAAAGCCUGCUUUGCUUUUUCUCGUUACAUGGAAUUCCAGUAUACUGGAAAGAGGAGAAGCCUCCAUGUUUAGCGUCCGUUUAUAAAGGCACAUCUGUUUGCAGGGUCUACGGAGAAUACAGUUGAUGGCAAGGAAAAAAAAAAAAAGUGAUCCAAGGGCCACCCUCCUGCUGGGCCCAUUGUUGUUUGGCCACCGCACUCUCUCCCCAGAUCUCAGAACCCUUCACAGUCCAGCCACUCGUGCAACCCAGCCCUCACCGUGGGAGCUGGGGGCAGCCCUUCCAGGGUGUGAGAGGGGAUGGCACCCUUUGCCUUCCCUGUGCCUGUGGUCGCCUGGUCUGCCUCAUCAGACAGGAGCAGGCCAGGGAGGGGCAGGCCCACGGUGGAGCUGAGGGACCAGCAAGCUCUCCUGCUACACCGGGAGGCUGGGCCCUCCUUUCACAUCAGGUUUGGCAAAUUCUCGGAGGGAGGAAAGCUUCCACCCUUGAGAAGUUACCUUUUCUUCCCAGAAGGAGGGGAGAGAGACUAGUCUAGUGUAUUACCUUGGCCCUGUUCCAUCUCCAAGGGAGAUGCGUAUACCGACAGGAAAGCAGUCGUGCUCUUGGUACCAGCCGGAAGCCAGGAGAGCCGGGACUACUUCUAAAGUGAGUGGCGGCAUCAGGAAAGACGAGAAGGCAGGUGCGCCACGGCGGGCCUGACAGGUGGGGAGAUGGGAGUGCUCAGACUUUGGCAUCCCUGUGUUGAAAAUGGGAAGAGCAAUCCGUGUCCUUCUCUGCCUGGGGGAUAAAGGCCUCCAUCAAUAUUUACAAGAGAAGCGGUUCCGUCUGGAAGAACCAGGUUGCGGAAACAACCAUAGCAACCGCAGCCGUUGCCUGCCUGGGGCCUGGGUUCCACUCUUGCUGCAGGGCACAGAGCUGCCCUUGAGAAUGGCCAGUGGGAAGGGCGAGGCCGGAGGCCCUGCUGCCCUGGGGGAUUCCUGGAGCUAGAAUGCAAGACAAGGGUUCCCGCCCUACAUGCCAGGCAGUGAGCGCUCGCUUUUUACGCCUCCCCUCACAAGCCCAGUUUACAAGUGAGAAGAGUGAGGCUCAGUGAGCACAAGGACACUUGCUAAAGACCCCCAGUCUCCUGAAAAGCAUCCUUGACCCUGGCCUGCCGACUCAGCACAGCGUCCUUUCCCUUCCUCUGCCGUGAAGCACAGAGCCAAGGACGUGGCGUCCGCUGUCUCCUGCCCCUCAUCCCUGUCCGUCCCCCACCGGCCGAUGAUGCUCUAUCCUUAAAACUGGAACUCAGAAGAAACCGUCUGCAGCUCUCCGACCCUCCACACCUGCACCUGUCAAAAGGGUUUGCCACCACCAGCCUCCAGCGGAGCUGUAAGGACUGGUCCAGGGGCUGCUCCACGGUCGGUCCCAGAAGCAGCAUCGUCUUCUGCAGGGAGGCUGCUGUAAGCCAGCUCAGGGGAGGGAUCCCUCAUACACCCACUGCCGUUUCUCACUGGCCUGGUCCCGUGGAAGGAGGUCGUCUGACAUUUAAGCUCCAGACGCCCCAUCUUGUUUGACAAGGUCUAGGGACUGGGGAAGGAGGCUCAAGCUAUGCAUAGACCAUCCGGGCUUUGAGAUGAACCUCUGCGGUCCUUUAACAGGGUGAGUGACUGGCUGACCUGAGUUUCCCAGACUCAAAGCAUUAGGCAUUUCCCCAGGGCAUCCGACAGCAGUGAAGAGCGCCAGAGGCUGCUCGGAGCCCCUGGAAACCUUGAGAAGAUGGUACAGACGGGAGGGCAGGAGCCCCUCAGAGUGCCUGGGAGGCCCAUGCGCUGUGUCUGGCCUGCAGAUCAUCGAGCCAGUCAGGUGCCAGCACUUCCCAUCUUUCUCAUCCUUCCUGGAAGCCACCUGUGGCCCCAGGGUCACCCUCAGAGCCCCCUGAGGCUGUGGCCCUGCCAGGAGGAGCCUCCCGGGCAGACAGGAGGCUGGGUGGACAGAUUGUGCUGAAAGGCAAAGGGAGGCGGUGCCCCCAGGGGUAGGAGACGAGGGGACAGGCAGCUGGGGAGCCAGAAGAGAGGGCCGCCGCAGGGCGAGCCUCUAAAAACAGCUCCCAGGCAGACUCAGGUGUUUUGACAAGUGGGAUGUGGGCCAAAAUAAAACAAAAAUGAAAAGU